AGCGCCAACUCGGCUCUGGCCGCCGCCUGGCGCGGAGGCUUGCGAGUCCGCGCUAUAGGCGGCCCGCGGCUGCCGCCCCCCCGCGGGCCUCCUCCCUUCCUCCGCGGCUUCCCCCCUCCGCGGCGCAGGAUGGCGGCCCCGCCCUGGCUCGCCGCCAGCGUGCCAGCGCGCCCGCGGCGCUCGGCGGCCGAGCGCCGGGCUCAGGCCAUGAGGGCGCAGGCGCGAGCAGCCCAGUCGCUGCUCCGCGCCUUCGCCCCCCUGCAGCACCGGGGGUGCCGGCCUACGCUUGUAGGUACGGCGCUGGCGGAGGCGCUCGGCGAGGCAGUGGCUCGGGCUCCUCGUGCGGCCGCCGCCCCGCCGCCUGGUGCAAAUCAAGGGGGUCCUCGCGUCGAUGCGGCUGGCGCUGGGGGCCCUGGCGUGAGGGCCGCUGCGGCGGCUGGUGGCGCGCCCGCGGGCGGCUCGGCGGAGGUCCAGCACUCGACGCCCAUGGGGGAGGAUCCGGCACCGCCACGCGUCUCGGCUUCUCCAGCGUCUUCGAGGGGGACAGCAGCUGCGAACGCCCGCGAGCGCGACGUGGCACGGUCUCCGGCCCCCGUGCCCUCGGGAGUCUGCACUCCCCGCGGCGCGGGACUGGAGCGGGCCGCGGGCUCUGUCAGAGGCGGUGAGCAGGUUCCCGCCGCCUCGUUGUCGAGACCUGCCGAGGGAGAUGUUCGCGCGCGGCAUGCUUUCUUCGACCUCGUGCAGGUGCUCCAGCGGCAGGCCAGCGCGCCAUUGCGCCUCAGCGACGCCUCAUUCGGGCCUCCUGCGGGCCAUGGGCACUGUCGAGGCCGUCGGCGCGGUCACGCAGCUGUUCGUGUUCCAUCAGCAGGGCUCGGCCGCUGACCUUUGGAUAAAGAGUGUCGCCGCUUCCAUGGGGUUGCUUUGAGGCCGUUGAAGCGCGUUGCUUGUCCUCUCGUGUCUGCUCUAGCCAGGCCUCCUGUCUCUGUCAGUGUGCACGUUUGCGGCUCGCCUGAUUUUUUGAUUUCCCGUUGAGUUCAACUCGGGUCCGCUGGGUCUUCGAGGAUCUCUUCGGAAGGGGGGGCUCGGCGUAGAGCGAGCGGGGCCCAAGUCUCGCGUUCGGCUGGCCCGCCUCCGCCGCCCCCUGGCCGCGGUGGCCUCCCCGUGUGUAGUGGUGGAAAACUGUAUGCAUGCAGGGCCUCGGCCGCGAAGUGAUAACAAAUGCCCUCACCGUAUAGUGUCACCCAUAGUCCAGAGUUUCCCUGUAGAUGGUCCAUUGAAGCAGAUCGCCAUUCGGCCUACGCGGCAAGUCGCUUGUCGCAAGGGCCACAGCAUCAUCGAUUUGUGUUUUGACAGAUAUCUCGCUGCUGUUGAAACAGCAGCGUUGGUCGGCCAGGCGAGAAUUUGUUCUGGCGUCUGCCAGCGUCUGCCGGCGCCUUCGAUGAUAUCACAUACUUUUUAUUAGAUCGGGUAAUUUGUUAUCCCAGGAGGGGCAUGUUUCGAUAGUUGUUUUGCUUCCCCGUCGUGUCAGAACCGUUCGACAUCGACUGCAUCUGCGCAAGCAAACACCGAACUCAUUGUGGCUACAAUUCCUCCGGGCAUCCACUGGGGUCUUGCCGUCUUCGCUGCCGCCAUGGAAGACGCACUUGCGCAGAUGUUGAACAUGUAGUCGAAACGUCGUUUUGGUGUCCAGAGCGUCGCCACUAAUAUGGCCCAUGCCCUGCACACAGUACACGAUUGCGUUCGUCGUGUCCGUCUUGUUGCAUACCGACCGUUGUGGGCAGCGACAACGUGUCUUAAAUAUUUACGCGCACGCAACCGAGUGCGGAAUGAGCUUGCCGAUGAGCAGAGAGAGUUGCGUAUCCAAGGACCCCGGUCGUACCUGGCAGAACAGAACAUGACAUCCGAUGCCACAAGUAUUCCGCACGUCUAGGCACCGCGAAAGUUCGUGGCACGUUUCCGUGCCGGCCGUCUGCUAGACAGAGCUGGUUUCGUCACACCAGCUCCGUGGGAGGUGGACUCGGGCAUCACCAGCGCAGGUCGUUCAUCAGAGCAGCGCAGAGCAUCGGCGAGGCCCAGAAUGCAGGUUUCCUGGGGUGCCUCCAGUCGCCCCCGACGGCGGCAGCGCAAGGCGCCCCGCGACCACACACAUUUGAGCAGGGUAUCGUAGUUCUGGGUGUCGUGGUUGCUCGGUCUCUUGCCGAACGGGAGGGCGAUUGCCCCGAAUAGGCGCAAGCAAGACCGAUAUUGCCGCCGCCAGAAAGCGGCUGACACAUUUUUUCAUUGGAGCAAGGAGUAGGUUGAAAGUUUCGCACCAGUGUUGCUGUCGGGCCUCUAGGCCUUCCGUGACACGACACGAUCGUAGCUUCUCUUCCUCAACACGUGCGGUCAAGCGCAGCUUCAAUAUAGCGAUGUCACAGCGUUCCCGGAUCACGGAUGGUUUGCAGACACGAGUUUAUUGGAGUUCGGUUUGUCUUCAUCCGCC